UAUAAAUACCUAUUAGCUGAUUUGGAGAUAAUUGACAGUGAAUCUUGUUCAAAGCAACCAAAUGAAAUCGUCAAUUCUGCACAAUCACUAGAACCACUAAAGCCAGAUGGGGGAGAGAGAGAGAGGGAGAAUAGAAACAAACAUGGCCGCAUGUUAUUUUUGAAAUUUUUAAAUAAAAUGGAUCAGGAACAGGAAAAUAAAGAUACUCCAAAAAAAGUUAGAAAAAAUCGCUGUACGCAAGAAUAUUUAAAUGAAAGAACAAUUUAUCGCAGAACUGGAAUCGGUGCUAAGUAUCAAAAAGAGCAGGUUAAUAUAAAUCACGACGAAUCAUCGCUGCUCUCGUCAUUGGUGGCCGAUUCGUCUUUUUCAUUCAUUUUCCAUCUUCUCCAAAGCAAUUCACGGACUGUAAAUUCCGACAGUGACUCCAAAGGUACUGGAUUAGUUAGUGAGACUGACGAUGGCCACAACACUUGCGCGACUAAUAAUUCCUAUGAAUUA